AUGCCAGUACGGAGGGGACACGUCGCGCCACAGAACACUUUCCUGGACACCAUCAUACGCAAAUUUGAGGGCCAAAAUCGUAAAUUCAUCAUAGCCAAUGCACGAGUAGAGAACUGCGCCAUUAUCUUCUGCAAUGAUGGAUUCUGUCACAUGUGCGGCUACACACGUGCAGAGGUGAUGCAGAAGCCAUGUACCUGCAGCUUCCUGUAUGGGCCUCACACAGGCAGGUCUGCUGUGGUCCAGAUGGCUAAAGCAUUGCUGGGCUCAGAGGAGAGGAAGGUGGAGAUCUCUCUGUAUAGAAAAGAUGGAGUUUGUUUCCUAUGCUUGGUGGAUGUGGUUCCAGUUAAGAAUGAAGAUGGACUGGUCAUCAUGUUCAUCCUGAAUUUUGAGCUGGCAGAUCAGCAGGACAUCAUUGCUAACAACUCGCCCCUAAAGGAGCACAACUACAGAUUCUCAAUUCCAUGGCUUUCUAAAGCUUGCAGACACAGGUUCAGGCUGCCCCGGCCUCUGUGUAGCUCUCUAAACAGCAGCAAGUCAUCUUUGCCUGAUGAUGCUGAAUUGGGUCAAAUACAAAAAAUGCCACACAUGGGCCAUGAGUCAGUGGCCUUGGACAAACUAUUGUCCCUGCCAGAACGUUCGGCACUAGGUCGGCUCCCAUUGCUCUUGUGGGAUGAUGAACACCUAGAGCCUCACUGUGAGCUUCAGUCCUCACCACCAUCUGAAACUCCUUGCCAUGACUUCUCCUCAUGGCUUGACUGCCCGAAAAAUUCACCCUCUAACUGCAGCGUAUCCCACAGUCGCUCAUGUGAAAGCCUUUGUAGCACGCACCACUUGCCCUCUACCAGUGUUUGCACCAUGGACAGAAAGCUUCCCAUCAGGCCCAACAACAUGGGUACCAUGCAUCAUAAAGCCAGUCUGCCUAACUCUAUAUCAGAUUCAGACCUGAUGCGGUUCCGUCUGGUAAAUACGAGUCCUAUAGCAUCAUACAACUUAACUGACUCCAAACCAGAUCCCUUGGUGACACUCUCUUCCAGUGAGAUCGAUAUAAUUGCACCGUGCAAGCUGAUUGAUCGCACACACAAUGUGACUGAGAAAGUCACUCAGGUACUGUCUCUGAGUGCUGAUGUCCUCCCUGAGUACAAGCUACAGGCUCCACGCAUCCACAAGUGGACCAUCCUUCACUAUAGUCCCUUCAAGGCUGUAUGGGACUGGGUUAUUCUGUUACUGGUUAUCUAUACGGCCAUCUUCACACCAUACUCAGCAGCGUUUCUGCUAAGUGAUGAGGAGGAGGCUGCCAGGCAGCAAUGUGGAUACUCCUGCAGUCCUCUCAAUGUGGUGGAUCUCAUUGUAGACAUAAUGUUUGUUAUUGAUAUUGUAAUUAACUUUCGAACAACUUACGUCAAUACCAAUGACGAGGUGGUCAGCCAGCCUGGCCGCAUAGCUGUUCACUAUUUUAAAGGCUGGUUCCUCAUCGACUUGGUGGCUGCCAUUCCAUUUGACCUGCUUAUCUACCGCUCUGGAGAGGAAACAACUACUUUGAUUGGUCUGCUGAAAACUGCUCGGCUGCUGCGAUUAGUACGUGUGGCACGUAAACUGGACAGAUACUCAGAGUAUGGUGCAGCAGUGCUCUUCCUUCUCAUGUGCACCUUUGCAUUAAUCGCACACUGGCUUGCAUGCAUCUGGUAUGCAAUUGGGAACGUUGAGAGAAGUGGUUCGUCACGGAUCGGCUGGCUAGACUCACUGGGAGAACAACUUGGCAAGCCUUAUAAUGACACAGUUCCAGCCUCUGGACCUACCAUUAAAGACAAGUAUGUCACUGCUCUUUACUUCACCUUCAGCAGUCUGACCAGUGUAGGCUUUGGGAAUGUCUCACCAAACACCAACUCCGAGAAGAUCUUUUCAAUUUGUGUUAUGCUCAUUGGUGCACUGAUGUAUGCCAGUAUCUUUGGGAAUGUGUCAGCAAUUAUCCAGAGACUUUACUCUGGAACUGCUCGCUACCACACACAGAUGCUACGAGUGCGAGAGUUCAUUCGCUUCCACCAGAUCCCCAAUCCACUAAGGCAGAGACUAGAGGAGUAUUUCCAACAUGCUUGGUCCUACACCAAUGGCAUUGAUAUGAAUGCUGUGCUUAAAGGUUUUCCUGAAUGCUUACAAGCAGACAUAUGCCUGCAUUUGAACCGCACUCUGCUACAGAACUGCAAAGCUUUUAAAGGCUCCACCAAAGGAUGUUUACGUGCACUAGCCAUGAAAUUUAAAACAACUCACGCCCCACCAGGAGACACUUUGGUCCAUGCAGGUGAUGUCAUUUCAGCACUCUACUUUAUCUCCCGAGGCUCCAUUGAAAUCUUGAGAAGAGAUGUGGUAGUAGCCAUCCUGGGAAAGAAUGAUAUAUUUGGGGAACACAUUAAUCUGUACACAAGGCCUGGUAAGUCGUGUGCUGAUGUAAGAGCACUGACCUACUGUGAUUUGCACAAGAUCCAGAGGGAGGAUGUUCUGGAGGUUCUUGACAUGUAUCCAGAAUUCUCAAAUAACUUCUGGAGCAACCUGGAGAUCACCUUCAGCCUCAGAGACACUACAAGUAUUUCUGGGUCUGUGAACACUGAAGAGUCACAAAAGGCCUACAUGAAACAUAUGAACAGAUCAACACUUUCCUCCCAUUGCAGUAAUGAGAAAGUGAUGACAGAGGCUAAACUCAACAGGACGUCUCAUCAGCCUUUGAGAAGCAGGCAGCAUGAGGAAAAAGAACGAAAAGUUUAUCAGGACCUGGAUUCCUCAUCCUCUCCACCCAGCAGUGAUGGAGAGAAUGAGUCUAGACAAACCUUAUUGCACAGUCACAGUCCCAGAUUUCACUUAAGCAAAAAAAGAGAGCAGAUAAGUUUGAACAAAUUCUCAGGUUUGUUUUUUUCAGGCGUCUCCAAAAGAUUUAGCUUCUGGGGAGAAAGUUAUGGGCAUCAGUACCAGCAAGUGCCCAGCCACAAUAUGUCCUGUCCUCCUCCCUCAUCUCCAUCUAUGGGUUUUCCGCACAGUGCCACCCACCGUCAAAGCAGUCAGGUGGAAAACAGACUGAAACUAGUGCAGAGACAGCUUCAUAGCCUAGAGUCUCGUAUGUCCACAGACAUUGGAACCAUCAUGCAGUUUCUUCAGAGGCAGAUGUCUCUUGUUCCACCAUCUUAUAGUGCUGUGACCUCUCCACCCGAAUCAUCUCCAAAUCCACCCAAACUUGGACAAAAGCUUGUGCAACCAGUCAAUCCGUUAGAAACAGAGACAUCAGCUCUUCACUCUCAGUUUUACUAAAUAUGUGAUCAUGAGGAUAUUAUCUAUACUAAUUCAUGUGAGCUCCUGCAGGAUAGUAAGGAUUUCGAGAUCCAAGAUUGUCCUGAGAGUCUGCGCUUUGACCUGGAUAUCCAGAAUGCGUGUGAAGCACAACUGACCAAGUCCAGCAGUCCUGAGAUUCUUAGCAAUGUCACGACCACUGUUCCCGAAAGGCAAGAUGUGGACAUGAUUGGUCCACUCUGGAAUCCUAGUCCAGAAAUAGGGUUCUAUGAAACUAUUAAUCAUCAUCACCCUCAAAUAAGGCAAGAUACAAUGUCUUCUGAAAGCGCAAGACGCCGUUCUUUGCAAGGUCAACACGCAUCAAAAAAAUGCUCCUCAAUUCAGCAAAGACAUGCUUCAGAUCCUGGAUGUUAA